AUGUCACAAACUGAAGUUGAGUUACAACUGCAAAGACUCGAAGCAUCCAACAUCUCCAUUUCUUCCACAGGACACGAUCAUCAUAUGCAAGAAGAACACGCGGGUGGUGCAGAAGGAGGAGGAGGAGGAGAAGAAGAAGACGAAGAGUUAAAUGGACCUUUACUUAUAGAACAACUUGAAGGAAAUGGUAUCACAUCGUCUGACAUUAAGAAAUUAAAAGCUGAAGGAUAUCAUACUAUUGAAUCGAUUGCUUAUACACCAAAAAGACAAUUAAUCACGGUCAAGGGUAUUAGUGAAGCUAAAGCAGAUAAGAUUUCUAAUGAAGCGGCCAAAUUAGUUCCACUUGGAUUCACCACUGCAUCUGAGUUUCAUUCAAGAAGAUCAGAGUUGAUUUGUUUGACUACUGGAUCUAAACAAUUAGAUACGUUAUUAGGUGGUGGCGUUGAAACUGGAUCCAUAACCGAAGUGUUUGGUGAGUUUAGAACUGGUAAAUCUCAAUUAUGUCAUACCCUUGCAGUCACAUGUCAGUUACCUAUAGAUAUGGGUGGUGGAGAAGGUAAAUGUCUUUACAUUGAUACUGAAGGAACAUUCAGACCCAACAGAUUAGUUUCAAUUGCCGAGAGGUAUGGACUCAGUCCUAAUGAUUGUUUAGAUAACGUUGCUUAUGCCCGUGCAUACAAUGCUGAACAUCAAUUGAAUUUAUUACAUUUAGCAGCGCAAAUGAUGGCCGAGCUGAGAUUUUCAUUAUUGAUUGUGGAUUCAAUUAUGUCAUUGUAUCGUACUGAUUAUGCCGGUAGAGGUGAAUUAAGUGCUAGACAAACAUCAGUCGCCAAGUUUAUGAGAACAUUACAAAGAUUAGCUGAUGAGUUUGGUAUUGCUGUGGUUAUCACCAAUCAAGUUGUGGCUCAAGUUGAUGGAAUGUCAGGAAUGUACAACCCUGAUCCAAAGAAACCAAUUGGUGGAAACAUUAUUGCCCAUGCUUCAACUACGAGAUUAUCAUUGAAGAAGGGAAGAGGUGAACAGAGAAUUUGUAAGAUUUACGACUCGCCUUGCUUGCCUGAAAGUGAUUGUGUGUUUGCUAUUUAUGAAGAUGGAAUUGGUGAUCCAAAAGUUGAAGAUGAAGAGUAG